AUUGAAAAUCACAAAUUAAUGAAAAUAACAAAUUGAAACGAUACAAUUUUCAGAAGAAUAAACUCUAUAGUCUAUAAAAUGGCUACCUUAAAAUUGUUCGUAAAUAAUGAAAUAAAAGUUGUUUAUUUAGUUUUUUUACAAAAAUUUAAUUCGAAUAUACCUGAAUAUUUUUAGUCCUUAUCCCUGUCACUAAUAUAAAAAAAAAAAAAAAAACUGAAUUUGAUUAAUUAGGUAUCUUUAUUAAUCUCAGGAGAUAUUGCAACGGGAUAUCUUCGUCGUGAGACACUCUGUAUUUUUGUGGUAGCUAUACAAUAUUAUUUCCUUUAAAAUAUUUAACAAUCAUAGUAGUAUUAUUCAUUGUCUAGUGCAGUUGUUGCUAGUUGCUAUAGUGUGAAUUAAAUAUGCAUCUAACUGGAAAACAAACCCAUGUAACAGCAUUAUAACAAACCGACAAUAUUAUUAAAAAGGCGAAACGAUUUAUAAUAGGCACUUUUAGUGUUAUAAAAAUGUAUGGGUAACUACAUAUUCCGAGUGAGUGUACGUACCUAUUAUAAAAUCAACAAUAAAAUUCCGUAUCGGUAAUAACGAUGCAUGUUUGACCAAAAAUCAAAAGAAUUAUUACAAUAUUGAGGAACAUUGAAUUCGUUAUGGGUGUUUUAAUUACUCAAUUUCCGUUUAAAAUGCAAAAUGAAUUAAUUGGUAAAUUGUAGACUUUGAAAAGUUAUUCACAAUACCUAUUAAGCAUGUAUCUAUUAAUUUGUCCGCGGGAUAAUACUGCGCAAAUACAUAAAUGCGUAGGUAGGUAAUCGUAACACUGUAAACAUUCAUCGUUGCUCUUAUUAUUAAUCGGUGUUACCGAAAAGACCGUUUCAGCAGUGUCGAAAUAGACACUUUUUAAUAUUAAUAUGCCGAAUUUGAUUGAAAACUUGUUCAACGAAUAGUAUCGCGAUGUUUUCGCGGCAAAUUUACGACCGCGAAAAUAGGAUCUUCGUGAUAACAGCGUCGUGAUAACGCUCACGUUACCAUAGACGCGCGACAGUCCUCUUUAAUUAUGAAAAUAAAUAAAUAAUAAAACGGAAUUGAUAACCAGCGCACAGUAUCACGCUUAUGUAGUGUGAUUAUGGGUGUACUUGCUACUCGUUAUUAAAAAUAAUGCCUUGGGUUAACGUGAUAUAAUAAUUAUUAUUAUUAUUGCAAAAUUCCGCCGAGAUUAAUGUCGUGUUAUUAAAUCCGUUGUUGUUGAUACGCGUAUUAUGUCCGUCGUCAGUCGUCAUUUUAUUAUUUCGUUCGGCAGUUAGUACGGAACAACGGCCUUGAGGCUAAAGCAACCGUACCUGGUCAUGGUGUACACUCGUAAUCGGUUCACUUUCUCUCCUUUUCUCUUUCAUAACUGCGCGAGCGUCGUCUCGUGAGCGCUCCGCGUCCAAUGCUACGCGACCAUUCGUCAUGAACAGCACACCGUCCAAAAUUCGACUGUUAUGGCCCAGGCUAUCGAAAAACACAUCGGCGGCUAUCGUCUGCCACCGUCGGCGACCGUACGCCUCCUCGGCAACGGUAGUGCACAACGGCAACCAGCAAAAACCCGACUGGAAUCGCGCCGUGUCCGAGGCCGAAAAAAUCGUCGGUUACCCAACGUCUUUUCUCAGUCUCAGAUGGCUACUGAGCGACGAAAUCGCCAAUGUCGCGUUGCAUCUGCGCAAAUUGGUCGGCUCCAAUCAUCCGCUGCUCAAAACCGCCAAGUGAGUGAACGCGAAAAAUAGAAAAAAAAAAAAAAACAAUAGUUAAAUAAAACAUAAUAUUGAUAUAUUAUUAAAUACAAAUAUUCACCUUGCACAGAGGCUUGUUGUACAAUGGUAGAAAUAACAUGCAAGCUUGGGGCUUAAUCGUAUUGCUCAUUUCCAAAGCAGCCGGUCACCUGAAUGUUGACGAAAUGGAAGAAGACAAAGCGGCUGGUGUUCUGCACAGUCAAAGAGCAUUGGCAGAGGUCACCGAAAUGAUACGUACAAGUCAUCUGGUACACAACGGUCUGGUUAAUAUUUACCCAGGAUUAUACCCUGAACCUGUAAUACUUAACGACAUGGCUUUUGGAAACAAAAUUGCUUUGCUCAGUGGAGAUUAUUUACUAAGUAAUUCAUGCGCAGAGCUUGCAUCUUUAAGAAAUCAAGAUGUAAGGACCUAAUAAUGUAUAACUUGAAUUUAAUAACUAGGUAUUUAUUUACUCAAUUUAAUUUUCCACAAUUUUUUUUUCUUUAAGCUCGUUCAAUUAAUCAGUAGUGCUUUACGUGAUUUGUCUGAAGCAGAAUUUGUAGGCAGGAGAGAUUCACAAAAUAAUCCUUUACCUUCACCAUUUGAACCACUUAAUCGACACUUCAACUCAACAUUGCCCCUUGACCCUCUGGAACCAUCAGAUUCCUUGGGAAAUAUGACAUUGACACCAGCUCUUCAAGACUGGACUAGACGCAAUGUAUUAUCAGCUGGCAGUUUAUUGGGAAAAUCGUGUCAAGGCACAUUAGCUUUAGCUGGACAUGGAGUAGAAUUACAAAAACAAGGAUUUUUGUUUGGUAAACAUCUAUCACUAGCUUGGCAGGUACCUACAAUAUUUAAAAAAAUCAUUUCUCCUAACUAUUACUAAAUAUAUCAAUUAUUUAAUUUAUGUGUUUUAAUAUUAUAUAAAUUAAUAAACUUGAAAAUUUAGAAAACAAAUAUACAAAACACAUAAAAUAUUAAAAUAUUACUGAAUUUAAAUAUAUAAUUUUCAUAGUCUUUAAAAUUUUGUAAUUAGGUAUUUAUAGAAGUUCUAUUUAAAAUUGAUUUCACUAGGUACCUACUAAAUUAAAUUCAAAAAUUGCAAGUUUCUUUUAUAUUAAAUUAUUAUUAAAGUAAUAAACUAAUAAAAAUCAUAUACAAUAGCUUGUUGAAAUAUUUUUUCUAUUGGUUAAUAAUAUUUUUAUAUAUUUUUAGGCAUACUUAGAUUUAGAGCCGUUUAUGCCUGGCUCACCUUAUUCAUUGGGCAUUUCUUUCAAUUUAACAUCAGCGCCUGUUAUGUUCCACCUUGAACAUGAUCCAUCAUUGUUUGAAGAAAUUGAUAAAGGCAUUGAAUCUGUUCAAAAUGUUGAUUAUGCUAAAGUAAGAUUCUGUUCUCUAUUUGUAGAUGUCUAUAUUGUAAAGGAAUUAUUUUAUUUGGAUCAUACAUUUUACGGAAUGAGAAUGAGUGGAAUUUUUUAUUUUAAUGAUAAGGCAGAAAAUUAUAAUAUGGGAUUUUAUGCCUUUAAAUAAUCUUUAUUUGAACAAACAUUAUAUGAAAUGAUACACAUUUAAACAUAUAUUAAAUAAAAACAACCAAAGUAUUGAAAUCAUUUCUUGGAACAGAUCAUUUCAUAAAAUGAUAUGGUUUUGAGUGUACAAUAAAUAGAUUUACACAGUGUUGAACAAACAUUUCAUGGAAUGAUAUUUUUUAACUAAAUAUUUAAUGGAAAUAAAAUUGAUUGUGUUAUAAAUAACUUUUAAACCAGAGAUCUUUCUCCAAUUAUAAAAUUAUAAUUUUGGUUUUACAGUGACAUUUAUUUUUUUUUCUAUGAACUACCAGAAAUUUUACUCCGGUUUUCUAGUGAAGUACUUUUUCUAAAAGGAAAUCUGACUAAGGUGGUAUUUUAGGGAGGUAAUUGUUUAAUUUUUCUAAGAGUUCAUAGUUUAUCUUCCCAACUUCUCACCUACAACAGUAGGCCACCCUUCGUAUAAAGUAUAUUCAGUAUUUUUGUUUUAGUUAAAUUUGGUAAGGGUAAAUUUUUUUUUUAGAUUUUCUCUAUAGUUAUCUUAAUAAUUAACAAUAUAAAAAUUAUAAUACAUGUUUAUUCUAAAAAUGAUUCCAUGUAUUGUAAUAAAAGAGGUCCAGUUAAUCUAAUGUUUGUUCAAAGUAUUGAAAUUUCAACAAUUGGCUGUUUCAUCUAAUAUAUUAUUUCCAUUAAUUCCAAUAAUUUUAUUCCUUAAAAUUUGUGUUCUUUGUAAAAUGAUUCUAAUAAAAUAGAGCAUAACCUAUUUAUUUAAAAAUAUGUUAAAAAAUACUUUGAUUACUUGAUGAAGUGAUACUACUUUGUAUUGUAUUAAAAACAUUUAAAAUUGAUAUUAUUUCAAUAUUUUUCUACAUAUCUAUAUAUAUAUAUAUAUUUUUUUUUUAGAUACACAGUAUUGUAAUGAAAGGACCAGGAAUCACAUAUACCAAACAAUUGCAAAAAGACCACUCUCAAAAGGCCAUGGAAGUGUUAGAAGUUUUCGAAGAAAGUGAUGCACGUACUGCUUUGUCCAAUAUUAUUGUUGCAAUGGGAGGCACGUGAAGCUUUAUAUGUUGUAUUUGUUGUUAAUUUUUUAAAAUGUUUUAGAAAACUAUUUAAUUUUAAAAAUUGAUACUAUUGUAACGUUACAGGGUAUUCAUUAUGUAUUCAUUUAGUAUACAGUAACCUUGUGCAUAAAAUUGCUUUGUAAUAUUUAUUAGUUUAUUAAAAAUAUAAAUUAUAUUGAAUUGUUAAUUGUUAUUAUUGGAAGCCUUAUAUUGUUAAAUGUUAACGUGAAAAAUACAAUCAAUUAUUAUAUUUUUUUUAAAUAAAAAUUUAAAUAUUGAAUUACUCUGAUAGACUGUUAAGCUAAUUUGAUUUCUAUUUUCCUAUAGUAUACUAU